AUGAUUAUCAUGAAAGUGUAUGUUCUUAUUACAUUUCUUUCUGUAUCGAAUUCAAAAACCAACUUUAUGCCCAACUUACCCUUGGGAGAAUACCGUAUUGUAUUUGAGAAAAUAUAUUCUUGUGAGUCAACAAAUGUAUUUCAAUAUAAUCUUUAUUUUAGUAAAAAGACAUUUAAUAUAACAGAGAUGAAAGGAAAUAUAACAUUCUUGUUACCUUUUGACGAUACUCUUACACUCGAUAUAAAUGGUGCGUCUUGGGGUUCGAUUGGAGGUUGGAAACCAAACUCAAUGGUUUACAUCACAAAAAAUACAUGUAGUAAUUCUAAAAAACUCCUAGGAAACGCGUGGUAUUCGUUAAUUAAGGCAUUUAACGGUCAUAUUACUAGCUGUCCAUUUCCAGCGGGAACAUACAUUACAAAUGGCAUUGACUUGAAGGAAUUAGAUAAUUUGAACAUGCCCAAGGUGUAUUUUUAUGGGAAAUAUAAAGUUACGUUUAAGAUAAGAAAUGAAGAAAAAAAUGUUCUUGGUUGCUUUGUUAUCGAGAUGACUCUUCUUCGACCUUGGGAAAAACCAACUUAAUCAUAUUUUUAAAAAUAACAAUAUAAUAUGUAGCAAUCUUAAUUAUU